ACCGGCACAUUUUCCAUCUCUCUCCCUCCCUCCUUAUAUCCUUGCCCUCACCCCGGGGUAACUCCCGGCCGGUAUUUCACACCCACCGCUUUGACAUACACACAGCCCUCUAGCGUGUGCGCUCGCUCGUCUUCCCCGGCUGGCCGGCCGGUCGUCAGCGUUUCUGGUCGCUCCCGCGGUGCACCGCGGGCUAGCUAGGGUUAUCCAGGGUUUUAUACCUCGCGUCGUGCUGGUUGAUCGGCCGCUUGGCGACUAGAUGGAAGGAUCGGGGGGAGGGGCCGAGGCGGCGUCGAAGAAGAAGAAGAGCUCCAAGGAGGGGGAGGAGGAGAGCCUGCCGCCGGGGUUCAGGUUCCACCCCACCGACGAGGAGCUCAUCACCUACUACCUCCGCGGCAAGAUCGCCGACGCCGGCUUCACCGCCAGGGCCAUCACCGAGGUUGACCUCAACAAGUGCGAGCCAUGGGAUCUCCCAGAGAAGGCGAAAAUGGGCGAAAAGGAGUGGUACUUCUUCAGUCUGAGGGACCGCAAGUACCCGACCGGCGUGCGGACAAACCGCGCAACCAAUGCCGGCUACUGGAAGACGACGGGGAAAGACAAGGAGAUAUUCACCGGGCAGCCGCCGUCGGCGCAGGAGCUGGUCGGGAUGAAGAAAACCCUGGUGUUUUACAAGGGAAGGGCCCCGAGGGGCGAGAAGAGCAACUGGGUGAUGCACGAGUACCGCCUCCACCUCAAGCCGACCUCCAAAUCAAACAAGGAUGAAUGGGUGGUGUGCCGCAUCUUCGCCAAGAGCCCCGGCGUGAAGAAGUACCCGUCGAGCACCAGCCGGUCCCACCACCACCACCACCCGUACACGCUGGACAUGGUCCCGCAGUUCCUCCCGACGCUGCUGGGCCACGGCGACCUGUUCGGCGGCCGCGGGCACCACCACUCCUACAUGGCCCCCGCCGACCUGGCGGAGCUCUCGCGCUUCGCCAGGGGCACGCCGGGGCUGCACCCGCACAUCCAGCCGCACCCCUCCUCCGUCUCCGGCUCCGGCUACCUCAACCCCUUCGCGCUCUCCAGCCUCAACCUCAACCUCGGGGGCCCGUCGCCGCAGCACGCCCUCCAGCACGCCAUGUCGCUGCCGAUGGGGGGGCAGCAGCAGGCGGGCGGCGCCGGUGGCCAGGCGAUGACCAUGGAGCAGCAUAUGGCCGCGGGGCUCGCCGGCUGCGUCGGCAUCGCGGCCGCCGGAGGGGACGGCGGGUUCGGCGGGGAGGGGCAUGCGGCAGGGGCAGGGGGCGCUGGCGUCAGGUACCCCAACCUGGAUGUAGAUCAGAUGGUGGAGAGGUACUGGCCCGGUAGCUACUGAUCAGUGUAGGUUGUGUGGGGUGUCGGGCGAUUGUUGACUACGUAGGAGAGCAGGGCCAUUUGAGUGAUGUUUAAUCUAGUCUCUUUGUUGUUGUAUCAUCGUCAUCUUCUCUGUAAGUUGUUGUUCUUUGAGCAUUUCAGGUUAGCUUUGGUCGUCCGCCUUGUACACAGACUGUUUGCCUUGACCUAACUGCACGCUUGUAUACAUUCAGGAUUUAUCAGUGAGUUUUAUAAAUAGUACCAGUAUACUCUA